CGUAAGAGCAGGAGUACCGGCCGUCAGAUCGGGGGCUGAGAUUCGUGUGGUGUAGUACGGGGGUGGCUGUACGUACAACGAACAAGGGUUCCACGAAAAAGCUUUCAGUUACGCAAAAGUGGUGGGCUCGUUCGAUAUCGGAAACUCUCUCAGUGUGUAUUGUAUUAUAAUGUGUCAUUUAAUUUAAAAUUUAAAAAAAAGGGAAGAUUGCACUCACUGCCACAUAUACACUAUAUACAUUACAAUACGAGGGGGAUUUUUUAACACAAAAAAUUAAAAGAGAGAGAGAGAAAGAGAGAGAUAUGUAAAGACUCAAGUGAUCACGAAACACGGUGUUCAACUGUUUUCUUUUUGGGUUACUUUUUCCCGCAAAAAAAAAAUCAAGACAAGAGAGGAUCUCGAUGCGGCAUGUCUUCCGUGGUGAUUGCCGAAAAGUCGCAUUUUACGAGGCACAGAACGCGACGUCUCACACGUCGUGAAAAAUGGCCCCUACAUUUGGCCUUUAUUCUCAUCUACUUUCUGAUUCAUUUGAUUUCAUCAUCGACAACAUCGCCAUUGGAUGUUGGGAAUUUAGUUUCAAAUACAACGACAACAUCGACAAUAGAGACGGCGAUAAAAUCAUCCCAAUUAAAUUCCAAUCAGUUGGAGAAUGAAAAGGGGAAAAACGAUGACAAGAAUAAAGGAUUACCUGCUUCCAAGGAUCAAGUGAAGGGAAAUAAUUUAAAUGAAAAUACAAAGCCAAUGGAAAGCGAAAAAGAAAAUGAAACUAAAGAAAGUGAAAAGACGAACAAGAAUAAUGUGAUAGACGAUAAAACGGAAAAAGAAAAUACGGAGCCUGAUGGCAAGGAUAAAGAGGAGAAAAACGAAAAGAAUGAGAAAUUUUUUUCGAAAAUUCCCAAUUCAACAACCGAGCCUUCUGUUAUAUCAACGACAAUUUUACCUGAACAUUCAACAGUGAGGCCUAAAAGAAUUAAUUGUUCUGCGCCAGCCAUCGAACAAUUUCCGAGACCGUUGAUGGGCCCCAGUGCCAGGAAACAUGGUGGUCUUAUCAUUCAUAUAAUAGUAGCAGUCUACACUUUUCUUGGUCUUGCCAUAGUCUGUGAUGAUUACUUCGUAUCCAGCCUCGACAGGAUUUGUGAGGAACUAAGAUUGUCACCAGACGUGGCAGGGGCAACUUUCAUGGCUGCAGGAUCGUCUGCACCAGAAUUGGCAACUGUUGUAAUAGGAGUCUUCUUUGCGCAAGACGAUAUUGGCGUGAGUGGGGUCAUCGGAAGUGCAGUAUUCAACAUAAUGUUUGUAAUAUCCGUUUGUGGCUUGUGCACAACAACUGUAUCUAAAUUAAAUUGGUGGCCCCUUUGUCGUGAUUCAUUCUUCUACGCUGUUUCCAUUUUAGUUAUGCUCGGCACAAUAUUCAACGAGAUAAUUUCAUGGCCUGAAGCACUUUUUAUGCUCAUCAUGUACGUUGUUUAUUGUGUGACAUUAUCGUAUAACGCUUCACUUGAACGUUGGGCAAAGUCCUAUAAUCUUCCAUUCCUUCCAAAAGAUGAAGAGCCCGCAGAACAGAGCGCAUUAGUCACUUAUAAAUCAUUGCAAGAGGAAAGAGUGUCUUACACUGCGCCCAGUUCUCCUACACCAGUUGAUCCUUGGAAAAGUCCAGUUGAGAGUGCAAUGCAAGCUUGGGAUGAUCCAUCUUCACAGCAGGAGCAACAAAUUCAGCAGCAGCAGCAACCAAUUCAACAGCAGCCACAACCGCAACAACAACAACAACAACAGCAACCGCAACAAGCAGCUCCCGUUGCAGCAAAACCGCAAUAUUACAAAGCGAAAGAAUACGAUCCAAAUGAGGUUUCACCAUUAGAGAAACCAGUUGACGGUACACAAUGGCAAAUGUUCUCCUGGGCACUUGUCUAUCCCAUUCAUUACAUGUGUCGAUUUACAAUGCCUGAUGUUCGACAGGAAAAAUAUAAAAGAUUAUAUCCCUACACUUUUUUCAUGUCAAUGCUGUGGAUCAGCUUUUACAGCUAUAUUAUGGUGUGGAUGAUAACAAUAAUAGGUAGCACACUUGGAAUUCCUGACACUGUUAUGGGUUUGACAUUCGUUGCGGCAGGUGUAAGUGUACCUGAUGCACUAUCUUCAUUGGCUGUUAUCAAAGAGGGCCUUGGUGAUAUGGCCGUCAGUAAUGCUGUUGGAAGUAAUGUCUUCGAUAUUUUAGUUUGCCUCGGUCUUCCGUGGUUCAUUCAAACUGCAAUUAUCAAACCUGGCUCACACGUUAAUGUCACCAGUAGAGGUUUGACCUACUCGACCCUUUCUCUUCUCUCGACAGUUCUAUUUUUGGUGUUAGCGACACACAUGAAUGGAUGGAAAUUAGAUCGACGUUAUGGAAUAGUACUAAUGAUUUGGUACUUAAUAUUCAUCGUUUUCGCUUCAUUGUACGAGCUGAAUGUUUUCGGUCAAAUGAAUCCACCAGUCUGUCCCAGCGUAUACUAAUUUCAUUAUAUUACGCGUAAUCUCAAUUUUGCGCCAAUGCAUCAUUCACGAAAAUAUUUAUAAUUAUAUUCUCAUGAAAGUAAUAGCUCGAAAGGGGUAAAUGAAGAAAAAAAAAAAUAUAACUAUAUAAAUUAUGCCGAUGAAGAACAUAUAUAUAUAGAAAAUUCAAUGUUUAAUCGAGAAAAGUGGAAAUAAUAUCUAGGAGAAAGGUGAAAUAGUUUUAGAAAAUUAGAGAAGGAAAAUAAGAUAUAGAAUGACGAAAUCAUAAAAGAAAUAGACAAAACAGAUUUAAAAAAAAAUGAAGAAAAAUAAUGAAAACGAAAAGAAGAAAUAAGAAAUUAGCCAACAGGAAUUGAGAAUUGGUUAGAGAAAUGACAGAAACUGCAAUGAUGAGUGUUUAAUUAGACGAAUUAUAAAAGACAGUUGAGAAAAAUAAUAUAUAAUAUAAAUAUCAGUAUUACAAUGUUAAUUGUUAUAUGAUUUGCAUUUAGUUUAAGCGAGAGUAUAUCAAGUGUCAAAGAAGCUCCGCGUAUAUAUAUAUAUAUAAUUAUAAUAAUAAAUUGAAUGCUUACUGUACGUACAAAUAAACAUGAUUCCAUAAUCGUGCUGCGGCAACGAUUUCACUUCAGAAAGUAUAAGCAAAUCCGUACCCCGAGCCACGAUUUACAUGUGAUAAAUAAUAAUCUAUGUGUAAUUUCCUUGAAAAAAAAAGAGAUGAGUAUAGAGAAUUUUUUAAGGAAUCGUGGUUCCAUUAAUCGUCCUGCUCGAGGAUAUAAUCGAGAAUUUAUUUAAGGGGAAACUGAAACAUCGAAACUGACUAGAAAGUAUUCACAAACGUUUGACAAAAAAAAAAAAAAAAAAAAAAAAAAUGCUUGUGCACACGCGUCAAAUAAUAUCUUCCGUAUAUAUUGAUGAUUUUUAUUUUCCUCUGCGCCAAUGUAUAGAGAAAAUCAAAAACAAUUUUUUGGAAAUUUUUUUAUUCAUAAUUUUCUUUUCUUUAUUUAAGUGUAUAUGCAAAAAAAAAAAGGAUGACAUUAAAUUUUUUUCAUGAUUUAUAAUUAUCUAUUGACAGAUCUUUCUGUCUGUUGCAGAAAUUGAACUUUUAUUCUUCUUCUAAUUUCCUUUAGCAGAAAAAAAGAUUCAUUUCCUGAAAAAAGUACAUACUAAUAGACUGAUCAAGGAAAAUAAAAAUUCAUCAAAAAUCAGAUAUUUUUGUUUUCUAAAAAAGAGGGCGCGGAUCAAUCGAAACGAACCCUGCUCUUUUUUUAGCCUUCAGUUAAUUAAACGUUAUCAAAAAUAAAUUAUAUAUAUAUAUAAAUAUAUAGCAAAUUAUGUACCUAUAAUGAGAAUUAGCUCGCAGCUGUUUAUAUAUUUAUAACGAUUGUUAGUCGUUAAAAAAAAGUAUCGCGGUAGCCAACGAGUGGUAAGAAAUCGAGAAAAUUCAUCAGGGAUCCUGAAAAUCGCUUCUUCCGGUUAUUUAAAUUGUUCGUCUCACUGCUAACUUCCAGCUGCUUUUUUCUCUUUACCUAUUUAUAUAAUAAUUUUUCACGAAAAUUCAUCGAUUUCAAAUCACUCGUCUGUGACCAAAGUUUAUAAUAUUAUAUAUAUAUAUUAUAUACACUUAAUGUAUUAACGUAUUAAUAUCUGUAUUAUUAUUAUUAUUAUUCGCUAGUUCCUUUACGAGCUAUUUAUAUUUCUUAACUGACCACUGCAUUGGUAUAAAUUCUACAAAAAUUAAUUAUACACAAUAUAAAAAAUAUCAACAAAAAUGAUUAUAUAAUGAUUAUGAUUAAUGAUUAUUUAUAAUAGACUAAUUUUUUUAAUAAUUAUAAUAAUUUAUAUUAAAGUUAUCAUAAAUUAUAAAAAAAAUUAAAUAAUGGUAAUUUGGAAAACAAAAAACUACUCAAUUUUCUUGUGCAAAAAUUUUUGUAGAAAUUAUAUCAUAAUUAAUAUAAAUUCACAAGUAAUUUUUAACAAAAAGUAUAAAUUUGCCGGUUAAACGUCCCCUUCUUUUUUGAUUAUUAAAAAAAAAAAAAAAAAAAAAAAUUAAAUAAACUCGUAAACUUGCAGUUCUAUAUAUCUGCAAGGAAAGACCAAUGAAUGAGCUCAUUUUUCUACAUAAAUGUUCACUAAAUGUUUAAUAGAUAAAUGUUGUCUAUAAUUAAAUGUUCCAAAAAUAAAUGACAAAUAUAUAGUGGACGUUUAAUCGACUGCAAUAUAUUGUAUAAACUCUCCGCUUAGUUGUACAUUUUUAUGCACAGUAGUUUUUAAAGGAAAAAAAAAAAAAUGAAAUAGCUACUGCAUGAAAGCAAAUAAUAUAGAAGCGAGACUGAAACUUGCACUAUAAUAAAAUUUAUAGAAAGUACUGAAAAUUUAUAAAAAGAUUUAUCAAAAAUAAAAAAAAUAAUAAAAUUACCCGACUUUAUAAAAAAAAACAAACAAAUUAAUUAAGACAAAAUAUGGCAGAGGCUUAUAAAAAUGGACUGAGAUAAAUCUGGAUCAAAAUUUUCACACAUUUUUGUGAAUUAAUUAUAUUACAGAAAGAGAAUAAUAAUUAGAUUUUUCAUUAUGUCAGUAUAUUUGCACGAGUGUUUCAAAAAUCAAAGUACACGCGAAACAAUUUUGAAAAAUGUGUGCAAAGUUCACGAUCGAAGUAAAAAAAAAAAAAAAAAAUAAUAAUAAUAAAAAAAUAAAAUAAAAAGGAACUCCUACGAGCGUGAGUUUUAAGGGUGUGCGAGAAAGACAAUAAUUAACACAGCCUUAAUUGAUGAAAGUAUUUUACAGCACGGUGGCUGCGCGUUCCUUGUGACCUUCUUGAAAAUCUCAAAAUUCCCGUUCAGGGUCCUUCUAUUUUUUUUCGACCGCGAGCUUUAUAAUUUGACAAAUUUUCUUUAAUUUAAUCCAAAAAUUAAUUGCAAAUUCAAAAAUUGUAUAAUUAAUUUAUAAAAAUUUGAUAGAUUUUACUCAAUAUAUAGUGAUUCUACUUUAUCAAAUCUGAUUAGUUCAGAUUUGAAUUUUCUUUUAAGGAAGAAUAAGUACGUUAAACUCAAAAAAAAAUGCCAUACAAAAGUGUAAGUACAAAUUCAUUUUGUCAAUGACCUCUAGAGCCAGAAUAAUUGUAUUAUUUUUUUAUAUAAUUAAUUUUAAGACACAAAAUUUUUCAUUAGACAUUGAAUAAUAGAUUUUGUAAAAAAAAAUUAUUACUAUUAUUAAAUCGCAAGGAUCGCGCAGACGUAGCAAUUUAUUAUUAGCACAUACAAAAAAAAAACGAAAAAAGUGAAAUUUUAAGUCGUUAAUAUUUAACGUGUUGAUUGAUUUGUUAAUUAUUUAAUAGUAAUAAAUAUUACGUAAGUGUGUUAUUAAAUAUUACACCAAUAUAUGUAUAUAUAUAUUGUGUGUGUGGGUUCGAGCCGAUCGACAAGAUUUUAUGCUUCCCUGUAUGGCCUAUCAUAAUCUACGACUUCAUUCUAUAAAUGAUAUUAUGAAAAAAUAUUAGAAAAUUAAUUAUUAUAUUACAUUUAAAAAAAAUGAGUAGAAAAGCAAUUAGAUAAUGUAGAAUAUGAAAUUAUAUUAUAUUAUACGUAUAUAAAUCAUUAAAAUCGAAUGAUAAAAAUUUAUCAUCAAAAGAAAUUAUAAUUAUAGUAAAUAUUUAAUAUUUUCCGAAAAUUAAAACAAUACUAUAUUAUGUAAUAUUUCAAAAAGAAUCUUCAAACAAAAUUUAUUUGAUUGUUCAUAAAUUAAUUUGUAAAUUAUGUUGGAAAAAUUUAUAUAAAAGUGUUAUUGUAAAAAAAAAUCGCCAUCGUUGACUUGGCCUAAAAUAGUUAAUUUUAGAAUUGUUAACUAUGAAAUGUUGAGAAAAAAUAAUUACAAUUACCGUUUAUAACAAGAAAUUAUAGUAUGUAUCUUCUAUCUUAUCUUUGUGAUUGAUAUAUUUAAAUUUUCAUUUUCAAAAAAUAAUGUGCGUAAAAAUAAGUUUCCUUUUUAAGAGUUCAUGUAUAAUAAUUUUUGCAAUUGUUUAUUUGUCGGUCGGACGAUAUGAAUUCAAAAACUAAAAAGAAUAAGAAGCUUCCGGUGAUUAUGGAAUGACUAUUAGUCAGAAAAUUUUGAUAAAAAAGAGUCUUGAAAAUUUGGAGAAUCUUCAAAUUUUCUGGUAAAAGACACUUUUUUUUCUUGUUAUCCGUUAUAAUUAUUUAUAAAUAGAAUAAAUUUUUUGUUUUGUUUUGUUUUGUAAACGUAAAAACAUUCAAAAAAAUUAAAAAAAACAACUUUAAAUUAAUUUUGCUAAUUAAAUUUAAUAAUAAUCAAAUUUUUUCAUUCUAAAAAAAAAUUAAGAAUACGAGAAAGUUUGAAAGAAUCUUCAAAUAAAUAACUAUAAUAAAUUAAAAAAGAAUAUGUCUUCAAUUCAAUUAAUUAGACAAGUGCUAUAAUUUACAGAACGGGUUUUUCUCAAACUCAAAAUAAUUGUUUUUUGUCAAUCAACCAAUAUCUUUAUUAGUCUAAAAGUUCAAUUCUCUAAAUAUGCACUAGUGAAAAAAGUGAGAUACUAAUAUUUAAAAUACUUAAAAUCUUUAUCGAAAAUUAAUUAAUUUUAAUUUUGUUAUAGUUGAAUUGAAUUACAAUUAAUUAAUUAAACUAUAACAAAAUAUAAUUUAUUAAAAUUUUAUAUUAAUGAAAUUAAAAUUAAUUAAAUAAAAUAUUAAUAAAUUUAAAACAAUAUAAUUAAUUAAUUUUAGAAAAUAAUUUCAAUAGGUCAAAUUUGAGAAUAAUUUUCAGUGUGUGUCUUUUAAAAUAUCACAUGCCCUUAAUUAUAAGAAAAAAUUAAUAAUAUGACAAAGAGAAAAAGUUUCAUGAAAUUUUGAGAAAUUUAAUGAGCCAAUUUUAAAAAGAUAUAUCUAAUUAAUUGGAAAGAAAAACGAAAUAAAAUGUGAUGAGAUGAUUCGUAAGAAUAUCAGAGGAAUUCAAUUUCAGCAAAAUAAAUGAAAGAAAUAAUAAUGAAGAAUAAAUUGUAACUUAUCGCGUACAUAUAUAGGCUGUAAACAAUUCUUUGUAGAAUUUUAUUAUAACAAAAAAAAAUAUAUUUUUGUCCAUUUCUUCCUCUUAUAUGUAUAUUUAUUACUAAGAUUAAUUCAGGAAUUGGUAUGAAAGUCAAUCUCUAGAUGUUAUAUUAUGCGUGUAAGUGUUUUUUAUUAGAUUUAAUUAAUAAGCGUCGAUCAAUUUUUCAUGUGUCCUUAACCAAAAAAAGUAGCGUGAAAUCAAAGUCAAUAUUUUUAAUUUUUAGAGCGAAACAAAAGCAGAAAAAAAGAAAGCGAUUACCAAUUUCUGAAAUGGUCAAUUUUUAGAUUAGAACGUGUCCCAAAAGUGUGCUCACGACUGGAAAAAGUAAAAAUUAAAUCGACGAGGUCCAUUUUAAAGGAGCUUUUGAGUUUAAAAAUAAAAAUUAUCCCAAGUGACAUCCAAUAUUGGGGUAAUAUUGACAACGUUACAUAAGAAUCAUAAAUAUUAUUUAUUAAUAUUUCUUAUUAUUAUUAUAAUAAUAAGUAUAUUAUAUACUAAAUCGGAAUAUUUAGAAAAAUUCUUUAUUUAAUUAGUUAUUAUAUUUACUUGUUGUUUUUUUUAAUUAAAUUAAAAUAAAUAUAUUUCAAAAAUUGUGAAAAAUAUUUUUUCAAUAUUCCCUUAAUAUUUUUUUAAAAUUAAACUUUAACGUGAAAUUUUUCCGCAAGAUACACACAUGAAAUAUUAAGGGAAUAUUACUAUAAAAUACUUUUGUGCAAUAUUUCUACAAAAUAUUGGAUGUUAUUUGAACGACAACUUGUUGAUAUUGAUCCUGAUGAAUAUCUAGAUUUAUAAUAUGCGAUUCUGCAAAUGAAUGUUGAUGUAUAUAUUUAUAAAUAAUAUUUGCAAUUCUAAUCUUUAGAAGCUAGUUUGCACAACAUUAUUGUUAUUCAGUUGAAAUAUGUAAUAUGUACAGUAGUCAAUUCAGAUUUGAGCCUCGUCGAGUCGCUAAACUUAUUUGCAUUCUCACGAAAAGCGUAAAUCGAAAGCAUCCUAAAGCGUCAAUAUAGUUAGUCUAUAGCUUGUAAUAGUUAUGUACAUAAUUGUUGUAACUGCGUCUUAAAAUGAACAAAUAAAUAUGUAUACAUAUACAUCUAUAUAUACAAAAAAAAAACACAUACACACUGUAGUUGAAGAAAAAAAAAAUUCGCAUCACGCACCAUUUAUGAAAAACAAAACAAUGAACGUAUAUUGCAAAAAGAAUGAUGUAAUAUUACAGUUGGAUUGUAGUAAAGAGUUAAGACACUAUUAGGUGUUAUUGUAAUCCAAUGUACUUGACUCGUUUAAAAAAAUAAAGCUAUUGCUAAUUAUUGCA